AUGAGCGAUUUGCGAGAGCGACGCUUUCAUUUCACGAGUCUUUCCUCAAAUUCCUCUUCUUCUCGUCGACUCCGAAUGAGCGAUUCGACCGAAGUUGAUGAGUACGACGAUUUCGAUGUGAAUUACGAUUAUACUAAACCAAGACUCUUUCCAUCGGAACGAAAAGCGAUCAAUCGACCUUUAUACUAUUCUCUUGAAGAUGAUGUUGAGCCAAGUACAAGCCAAGAGGCAGAACAAAUCACAAUUGAAGCUCCAAACUUGACAAAUGAUGUUGGGAAAAUGGAUGAUUUGGAGCGAGAGAUUCAAAAUAUUUUCAUUCAUGUUCAUGAUGAAGAGGGACGAUAUUAUACGGAUCUUACUACAUUUCAUGGAAUGAGACGAAUUUUCGUCGCUCAAACAUGGCCCUCUCGGCUAUUUUGGUGUGCUGUUGUUGUGAAUUGUUUAACGUUUUUUAUGCUUUAUAGCGGUCGUACGAUUAACGCUUAUCAUCAAAAACCGUCAUUUAUGAUGAGAACAGCUCGUUCUUCAAUCUCUCCAUUUAACGAUUUAAAGUUCAAAUUUUGCAAGCAGAAUAUAAGAUUAAAUUGUUCUCAACUCGAUCUCAACACCAAAUACAAAUGCGAAGAACUUGAUGAAUGUGUAUUACUUUUUGAUCUUUUAUUAGGACACGAUCAUCCAUUGAGACAUGUGAAGAAAAGGAUUCGAAUCAAUCAUUUGACAACAGGCUAUGCAAAGCUUCCUAUCGAGUUAUCACUUUUCUAUGGAACUCGGCUGAAAUCGCGGAUUUUUCUCUCAUAUUUUCGCCAGAAUCGUCUCAGUAUGCGCAUGCGAAAAAGAAAACUGCUGACUGCAGAUGAGGGUGGGAUGUGCAGCGAGGAUUGGUCACUUUUGGAUUUCCCAGUGGAAUUCCUCCCAAAAGUUUCAUAUACUUUGGGAAAUUGUGAACAUCUGCGAUAUUCUUUAUAUUAUUAUGCACAAAAAGGAUGCAUUCCUCAUGAAAGUCGGCAUGUAUUUGGAGGGAAUUUCACUGAAUGCCUUUUUGCAAUUCAACCGACUCCAAAAGAUAUCAAGGAGAUUCAAGGUUUCCGCUGUCGACCUCAAUGUGAACGUGUUGACUUGAAAGUGAAACUUGAAAAGCCGUUUUCAAAGAAAGUCAAAGUCACCUCAAUCUAUGCAAUUCUCGAUCUAGAAAUGGAUACUUUAAUAGAAGAAAGAGUUGUGACAAAAAAGAUGGGAAUGUUCGAUGUGAUGUCAUUGAUCGGCGGUGCCACUUCUCUGUUUCUUGGCUGUAGUUGUAUCACUUUAAUGGAAAUGUUCAUUUACUUAUUCAAAUCGACUACAUCAAUGAACAAAGGACUAUUCGAGAAUCCGUCGAUCAACAUCGCUCGUCGUCGAGCUUUCCAGAGUCCCUUAGUAGAGGAAGAGAUUCAAAGUAAAUCGAACACUCUCUACAGAAAGAAGAUUUCAAUUGUACCACUGAGUCCAGUGCGAAGACUGUCGACAUUCAGCUUCAACAAGUACUCAAGACAUUCUAUGCGAAAAGAAGAUCGCUCGGACUCUCUCUCCUCCGUACAAACGCUACCUAAUCCAAAAAGAUCUUCAAGACUGGAGGAGGCGUCAACAAGUCGUGAAUGGACAACCGAUUCGUCGUUUGAAAAGCGACGAGCUCCAUCAUUGAGACAUCUCAAAGAAAACGUCACAUUCAACAAUCACUCAUCGCACUCAAUCGAGAAAGUUGUGAGAAAGUUGCCUGUCGAGAAGCGAAUGAGUCUGGAUACAAACGACGAGGGGAAAUAUCUGUGUCGUCAAACGGCAGUCGAUAUUCCUGAUGAAGAUUUGGCUGAGUAUUUUGCGGACAACGGAUUAGAAUAUCCGAAAGACAAAUCGAGUGUUGGCGAGACGAGAAUGAGCAAAUUGCAUGCUAUGCCAUCGGAGAGCGGCUCGACGCGUUCCUCAAUCUCCCAUCGCUCAAUUCGCUCAACGAGAACUAGCUCAGAAGUUGCUGUAAUCACUCUUGUACACGAGCCAGCUGGCACAAGAAAGCGACCUAGCAAGAUCUAUACAAGAAAGAUGCCGAUGGGUGACUUG